AUGGCCGACCAAUUUGAAGAGACUGCCCCCGCGGCUGGCGACAGUGCGCAGCAACAGAAGAGAGGGGGAGGAGGACGCAGAGGCGGAAGGGGAGGCGGUGGUGGUCGAGGAGGGGGUCAGCCGAGGGAGGUAUUGGUUUCCAAGGCGCUUUCGAAGCUUUUGAGGCACCAGGCUGAGAACGCGGGUCUCAAGCUUGACGAGGGCGGGUAUGCACCUCUGGACAAGGUGCUCGCAUACGGACCCAUCAAGUCUCUCAAGGUAACUUUUUCCGACAUCCAAGCCGCGGUAACGACGUCGGACAAGCAGCGCUUCGCACUCAAGCUCAACCCCACGGCGGCGGCGGAGACGAGCGAGGAGCUAUCGACCGAGCCCUCGGACUGGCUGAUCCGCGCGAACCAGGGCCACAGUAUCAAAGUCGAGUCGGCGGGCCUGCUGACCCCCCUCACGCUCGAGGCGGGCAACGUGCCGGCGGUGGUGGUGCACGGGACGUACUUUGCGUUUUGGAAGCAGAUUGAGGCGUCGGGCGGGUUGAAGAGGAUGGGGCGGAACCACGUCCACUUUGCGACGGGGUUACCCGGCGAUGAGAAGGGCGUCGUCAGCGGGAUGAGGAAGGAUGCCGAGGUGUUGGUGUAUGUUGAUGUCGAGAGGGCGCUGAGGGAGGAGGAGGGGAUUAAGUGGUGGACAUGUGGUUUCCGCGAGUUGCAAAAGGAGGACUCUUAG